CCCUCACACAUAUUUGGAAUCAGUUUUUAUGUUGGAUCCUCACGAAAAAUUCCAAUCUCCCCCCAAUAUGCCUCACAAAAUUUUUAAUCUCCCCCCAAUAUACCUAUCUAUCCCUAAUUAUCCCGCUUUCCCUUCCCUAUGUUAUCUUCUUUUUCACGAGACCCUCCAUCUUCUGGGUGCCAUCUCCCACGUCGAUCCCAGAGACCUUCGGCCACCUCCAGCCCUCCGUUCGUCACCGCGUCCGACGCCGAUCCCAGAGACCUUCCACCACCUCCGGUGCUCCGUUCGUUACCAUCUCCGGCUUUCCCUCUUCGACCGUCGCACACAGAGCACACCCUCCGACCUCCCAUCUUCGGCGUGCCCGUUCGUCAUCAUCUCCGACUGUCGUUGGUGAUGGCUGAUAGCGAUUUCGGUGUUGUGGAGGCUGGAAAAACACGAAGAAACAACCCAAUCGUUAUGAUUUUCAGCUUGUGAACACAAGAUGUGAAGAUCUUCAUCCAAGGGUUUAAGGGCUAUAAAAAGUUAUACUUCUGUAUAGAUUUGCUCAUGUAAGUGGACAUCCAUUUGUAUGAAUUUUUUUUUUAUGUAAAUUAAGUACUAGUAAUAUCUUGUACAAAGUAGGAUAAUGCAUUCAAGUGUAUUGUAUGUGUAUGAAUUGUAUUGGUUUGUAUUUAAAUUACUUUUAUGAAAUAAAUUGAGUAAAUGCAAAGUACAAUGCUUUAACCGACAA